CAAUGGUGAGAUCUUACCUUGACCACGCGAGCAUAAUUUUGAGUAAUCGAGAUCAUGGGGGUUUUUUCUUUCUGGAUGAUCUCCAAAUAUGCAUUUGACUCUUCACGUGUGCUUACCUACCUGUAGCUAAGGAACUCUACUUUAACCUCUACUGACUCGCAUUUCCACGGCCCUCAUUUUCACCUGAGGAUUCAACAGAUCCAUCGUUAAAGAAGUAGACCCGACUUCCGUACCGUUGUUUCAACAGGCGGUGACGGCUCGCGACGACCCGUCCAAUGCGAUAACUCAAAUUUCAAGCUUAUUGGUAUAAGCCUGAACCGAGCAUGUACUUCAACCGACUUCAUUGUACUGUGAAUUCAUAGCAAGUUUAGGCUAUAGACUAUCGUAUUCCAUCUCUUCCUUCGAGAGCGACGUGCUCCUGCUAUGAUGUUCCCUCCCGUUCGUUAAUGGCCGAGUGGCCCAUACUGAACAGCCGACCAAACCGAGAAUCUCUUGGCCCAAAGUCAACUUCAAACCGUCAUGCUAGAUCCAUUUUCGCCGGAAUAAGAAUGACAGAUUGGUGUCACAGAAGGGUUUGUGGUUCGCUAUUCAUGCGCGGAGCAACCGCCGCACGUUGCUUUCGGCAUAAGUGGACGGCUGUCAAACAGUUCGUUCGGGGAAAGUUGCUACACAUGAGCCUGUUACUAACAAUGAUCCUCAAACGGAGCAGAAGCGCAAACCGUUUAAACAAUCAGAAGGUUCGCAGCUGGCGUCUGAACCACGAACGACAAACUACCACCCUUCAUCUCUACCGACAACCCGAAGAUGCUGACCAUGAUGUGUCCUGAGACUCAAACGACUUGCCUCAAGCUCAGCUACCAGGACCAUCGUUAUGCUUCUCGUUCUCUGGGCUUGCUCAUGCUACUCAACGGGCGCGCACAAAAUAACAAGGCCCCCAGAACGACAUCUCAAUAGCCCACAUGUGCGGUUACGUUUUAUUCCUAAAUCUUUGCGGAUGUUAUGGCGGGCUCCUUUUCGAAACAUCCUGCCCCCAAGUAUACCAAGAAAUCCACCGAAUCAAUGAUCCAGAUGCCUGGACAACAGAGGGUCUAAACGAGCUCCCCUUCACUCUCCCCGAUCGUUGUGUUGCUAGUUGGCACAACACACGGAUAAUUCUGACACAUGGCGUUUGUUGCCCUCGAUGGUGGUUCGAAUGCCCUUCCAUUGUGGUUCCUCGAUACCCUUAUUUCUACCACCCGGACAACAGACAAGGUUGAGAGAGAGAGACAAAUAGAGAGCGUUUAUACGAUAAAAUGAAGUCAAUUUAGAAGGCCUAGCUCAAGCUGAAGGUGGAGGAUGUAUUUCUAUGAGUGCGACGCACGGAAAGGAUGACAACUGCCAAAGCUGUCAGGAGUUGGUUGUAUUCUGAUACCUAUACCCUCAAUCUAUGAAUUAUAUCAUGCGACUUUAUAAUGUGCCUUGAAGACACUGCCAUCGUUUGCU